CUCAUCUGUGUGUGAUAGUAACAGGGAAGGAAGGACACAAAGGCAUGCAAACGGAAAGAAAAUGGCCCAUCCAAACAAAGUUUACCCGUAUACAAGGAAGGGCAGGUAGGGUUUGGUCUAGAGCAAACAUUUAAUAAAGUUCUGUGCUGACUAGUUUACAGUGUGAAGACAAGAUCAGGGAGCAUAAGCUUACUGUGGCGUAUGGGUAUGUUUUUUAGAAGUGAUUAGAUAGAGGAACCUUCUGUGUUUAAAAGUAAUCUGAAAAAAACCCAACCCGCUUAUUUUGCUGGUAAUUUUUAAAUUUUCUCUAAAGAGUCAGGUCACCUCUUACUCCGCAGGUGCUGGUUAUAUUGGGGUCUUCAUCUUGGUCAAAAUUUUAAUUGACUUUGCUAGGAGUUGUGUUAUGUUAAUUAAGGACUGUAGGAUCAGCUCCUUUUGCCACUGUUCAUUCUAUUUUUAUUGCAUGAAAUUGAAAAAAUUGUUUUGGAGACACUCUCUCUACUUGAAAGGAGACACAAAAGGAGCAGUUGGGAAAGAAGCAUGACAACAAAGGAAGUAGGAGGAAGUAAAGGAUAUGAGAGCAGUGAUGUGGGAGAAGUGAGGUUUUGCUUCAGAGCUUAGAAAGAUCAAAGAAGGCAUCUCCCAGUCUCUUCUGCUGUUCACUUCUAUUCAUAAAUAAAUACAAAGGUAUAGAAGUUACCAGCUUGCAUCUUGCUAAAUGUUUAAUGAAAUACUGGGCAAAAUAUACUUUUUCUUCAAUAUGUUAGUGGAACAGUUCAGUGGUUCUCAACAUAUGGGCCACGACCCAAUCUGCACAGAGCUGUGGUCCAUGUGACAUCCUCAGGGACAUACUGAUAGUACUGGAUAUGGCCCAAAAGGGUAAAUAGGUUGAGAACCACUCAUGGAGCAAAGAACGAAUUCAUGAGGCUGAAGUUGGCUGCUUAUUUGUGGUACCAGCUCCUUAUUCAUGGUUUCCAGUUCCUUGUUCAAAGGCCAAAAUUAUUUAAAAAUAUAUCAAUGUAGGAUUAAAUUUUUAGAAAUUUUAUCAAAUUCAUUUGAUUGAAUGUGACAAAUUUAAAUGACUAAUUAUGUAAUUGAGACAAGGUGGGUGAGGCAGUAUCUUUUAUUGGAUCAAUUUCUGUUGGUGAGAGAGACAAAUGACUGGUCCAUGUGGGUGUCGGAGUGUUCUGAAGGAGAUGAGACAAGUAACUCCCUGACCUGAAGCUUUGUUCUGGUGAAAUAUGCUGCCACGUGAAGCUCCCACCCCACUUCUGUACUGUAAAUGGUGACUGAAUAAAUUGGAUUUUGACUGGCUUUAUGACAUGACAAAAUAAGUCUCGGGUCACCCAAAGUGAUAUGUCCCUUAAACCGUUACUCUGUUAUGAAGUAGUUGAAACAUGGAACUCCUUUACUUGAAACUUUGGGCUGGUCUACACUAAAGCUGUAAGUCGACCUAAGUUACGCUACUUCAGUUACAGUGGUUUCUAUGCCGGGAGACACACUUCCGCUGACUUACCUUCUACCUCUUGGGGAGAUGGAGUACAGAUGUCAAUGGGAGAGUGCUCAGCCAUCAACUUAGCUUGUCUUCACCAGACCUGCUAAAUCGAUACCACUGCAUUAAUCACAGCAGUGCUGAUUUAACCUGCUUCCUCUAAAGUAUUUUGUAGAAGAAUGCAUUCUUCAAAGAAUAAAAAUGUAGAAAAGCCAGAACCAUUUUAUAGACCUUCAGUACCUAAGCAGAAGACCAGUGCUGAGAUAAUAAAUGAAGCACGAAAUGCACUAAGGAAUUUAAGAACUCGGAGGCCAUUUACACCUAGAGAGGACCAAAGGAAACUUUUUGGAGCUGCAUCUUCACGAACACCAGAAAAUAGGCCACCUUCCACUUUUAGUCUCCACGCUUCCAGUUUUGAAUCCGGUGAAUCAAGACUGGUUUCUGGUACACGUCUCAGCCCACUGGACCAUAAGCCAAAACUACUUUCAUCACCUAUAAAAGAUGAAGAUUCUUCCAUUUCCUUCCCGAAGCCUCCAGUGGACCCAGUGGAGGUUAGGAAAGUCAGCAGUGCCCGGGCUCGCUUAUAUAGAACAGCUUCUCAGGGAAAUCUCAUUCCGGAUAAAAUAUUUCUUCCUGAUGAGAAUAAGGAGGGGGUAAAUUCUGAAGAACCAGCUACCAUGGAUGAUCUUUCAAGGAGAAGUAAUAAAAGUUGUUUUGCAGAACUAAGUCCACACUCCAAUUUUAAUGAUGAUGGUAUUCCACUAAUUUACAAUGAGCAUAAAAAGGCAGAGGAGCAAGACUUCUUAAAAGGGGCAGUAGCAACAUCUCCAUUGCAAUUCAGAAGUGGAAGUGACCAAAUUAAAAAUGGUGACAAGGCUUCAUCAAAUCCAAGCAGCAGUGGCUGGAAUAAAUCAGGAAGCAAAGCAGGCUCAGAGGAUGACUCAAGAGUAAAUGAAACAGAAGAGGAAGAAAACUACUGGAAUGUAAAGAUUGUACCAAUUAUGUAUGAAUUAGAGAAUGAAGACAAUAUAGAAAACCUCUGCCUUGCCUGCACCAAUCUCCAUCAAGCCUUGGAAGAAGGAAAUAUGUUUGGAAAGAGAUUUAAAAGAAGAAGUGCGCUUCUGAAGAUAUUAUAUAAAUUAGUUGACAUUGGUUCAGACUCACUUGGCCUGAAACUGGCAAGAAUGAUUCUGGCUCUCAAAGUAAGUGGAAAGAAUCUGCUCAGUGUCUGCAAGCUUGUAUUUAAAAUUAGCAGAAAUGAGAAAAAUGAUUCGCUCAUUCAAAAUGAUGGUCUAUUGGAUUCUUUGUUGGAGAUCCUGAGAUUUGAAGAUCUACAAACAAACAAUGAGGCUUUUCUGUAUUGCUUGGGAGCAAUAAAAUUCAUUUCUGGAAAUACAGUACUCCUUAAUGAACUGGUUAACAAAGGAGCUGUUGAAAUACUGUUUCAGUUCAUGAAGCAGAUUAAUAAUAUUAAAGAAAAUGACACGCGUUUCUCCAACUUGGGCCACCUAUUAGUCCAGCUGACAGCUACUUUGCGAAACUUGGUUGACUUACCUCUUUCAAGAUGCCAGCUCCUGUGUACUGGUGCAGUUUCAGAGUUCUGGGUGGUGCUGGAGCAGCGUAUAAAUGAUAAGGAUAUAUGUACCAAUAUUGUCAGGAUAUUCAGCAAACUUUCUUCCUACAAUGACUGCUGUGCAGCUCUGGCAGACUGCUCCAGGUGUUAUGUCUUAUUUUUAGCCCUUCUAAACAAACACCAAAAGAAGCAGGAUUUAGUUGUCCGUGUUGUUUUCAUUCUUGGCAAUUUAACAGCGAAGAACAACCAGGCCCGUGAACAAUUUUUUAAAGAGAAAGGAAGUGCUGACACCUUGAUAUCAUUAUUCCAAACCUACAAUGAACUUGAUUUGAAUGCGAAAAAAGAAAAACAUGAAGGAGAAGAAAACAAAUCAAAACAAAAGCAUCCUUCAGAAACAGAGGAUGUCCUUAUAAAACUUAUUAGAGUGCUUGCCAAUCUCUCCAUUCAUCCUAGUGUAGGUGCUGUUCUGGCAGCUAACCAUCGCAUUGUGGCAUUGCUUGUUACGGUUCUAGAAUACAAGUCAAUUGAUGACUGUGAGGAGCUGGUGAUAAACGCUACCGCAACAAUCAACAAUUUAUCCUACUACAAAGGGAGGAAUUCUGUAAUCGAACACAAGAAGCUACACAUCGCGGAGUUGCUUCUAAAGCUGCUAAUGAGCAGCAAUAUGGAUGGAAUUCUGGAGGCUGUUAGAGUCUUUGGCAAUCUUUCCCAAUACCGUGAAAUCUGUGACUUCAUCAUACAGAGGAAGGUAUACAAGUUCAUGAUUGCUUUGCUCGAUGCCAAACAUCAAGAUGUCUGCUUUUCUGCCUGUGGAGUUCUGCUAAACCUUACUGUGGAUAAGAACAAACGAGCUAUAUUAAAGGAAGAAGGAGGAAUUAAGAAGUUAGUUGAUUGUUUAAGAGACUUUGGGCCUACAGACUGGCAAUUGGCUUGCUUGAUAUGCAAAACGCUGUGGAACUAUAGUGAAAAUAUCACAAGUCCUGCAUCAUGCUUUGAAGAAGAAGAUAUCAAUACACUCCUAGGGCUGCUUGCAUCAUUUUUAGCAUUGUUGACAUUUUUCCCCAUUACAGAUGAGGAACUAGCAUUGGAUUACAACUUCGACAGAGAUUUAAGGGACUAUCACAAACUGUACUGGGAAACAGAGUUCAAGCCUGUGGCACAGAAGCUUCUCAGCAGAAUUCAAAGCCACCAUUCCUUCCUUCAGCCUAUCACUAUGACUUCAUUUUAACCUGGGGGCUGCUAAUCUGUUAAUACAAACCACAGAAUAUUUCAGCUGUUUUAAAAUAGUAGUGGUAAAUGCAAACAGGAUUUGCUAUUAAUAUAUUGAAAACAACUCCAUUAAGUGCUGAUUAUCUUUGUAUGUAGAUUGUAUAUUUAACUAUUUCUGAUGCUACCUAUACAUUUUCAUUGGCAAGCAUGUUGGACAUUAUGGGAAAAAUGAAUAAAAUUAAUUUAUCUCACAGCUAGACUGAAUAAUAUUUUUUGAGAAAGUUAUAUCACUUUAAACCUCUGCUUAAAAAAAAACAAAUAAUUGAUGUAAUGUGGCUUUUCUAGUAAUUAAAUUCUGUUGGGGGGUUUCUUUGGUGGAGAAGUUUGUUUACAGCUGAAAAAAGACUAUUUGAAUAAUUUGCCAAACUUACUUCUUAUAGUUAGGUUUUUUUCCCCCCAGCAAU